GCCCAAGAAAGUUUAACUGAGAACUGCCACAGUCCUUAACUACUGUUUCGGGCAAGCUAGCCAAAGAAAUGAGCACCCACGGACAGCACUGUGGCCUACAUCAGCAUAGCCACAGAGCAUGGACUAACAAACUCCUCCUGUGCUGAAUCAUUACUGUCUGCAUUGAUGAAUAGCGUUAAGAGAUGUUUCUGGUGGAUUAAAGAAUCACUGUGGAGAAAAAUGACAGCUGGCUCUGUCUCAGUUCCUCAGGUCAUACCACUUCGAAUCCCUCUUCCAGGAAAGGCUAAACAUGAAAUAGACACAAAUACUCUUGUAGAAAUAAAAUCAGAUACACCUGAGGUCUCUAUUUAUUACACUUUAGAUGGAAGUAAGCCAGAACUCUUUAGAAAACCUGGCUGUGGAGAGCAUAACACUUUUAGAUAUAAGGGUCCUAUCAUGUUACCAGCUGGGAAAAUAAUGGUCAAAGCACUUGCAGUUACAAAGGACUGCAGGGAGAGUACAGUUGUAACAAAGGUGUUUCUGGUAGAGUACAAACAACCAAAUGCCCUUUCCUCUGUUGAAGAGGAUGACAAGAAUCUCCUAAAAGAUAUCACCACUCAGGAGAAGAAAGGUGGUGUAUUUAUUACAAAACCGAAGAAGAAUGGAGUCAAUGUGGAAAUCAAGCCUGCCUGGAUUGAAGCACCCCAAGAUUUUCAAGACUUGGAAGCAGAAAGAAAGAUUACUCACAGGUCCCUGCAAGGACCACAGCUCCUUGCCAGCCAUUCGGAAACAGCAGAGUACAGCGAGGAAUCCGUCUCAGCACCACCUAUAGACUCAUUACAGUUUGCUAGUUCUCCGGCAGUGACUAGCAGGAAAAGCUUAGCAAGCACACAGCUGUCAAGGAUCCAGAGGGAGACAGAUUUCCUCAAAUGUGCCUGCUGCUCUGCACCCCGCCUGUCUGACCCCUUGGCUCACUUCUGUCAGGAAUGUGGAUGUCCUGUACCACCUCUGCCAGUACGCUGCUUUCCACCCCCUGAAGGAUCACAGAUGGCGCCAUGUCUUGAAUGCAGACAUCUUGUGCCAAUGAAUACACCCUCUUGCAUUGUAUGUGAGUCACCAAUAGCUCCACAGCUGCAGCCCCAGACCAACAUGUGCGUAAAGGGCAAAGUAAUUUGUCAGGCGUGUGGCACAGGAAAUCCUCUUCACCAUAAACACUGUGUGACUUGUGAAAGCAGGCUGCCUGAAAUACAGAUGCCCAUGUUCGGGGACACCCCCCCACCUUACCACAGCCAGCAAAGCAAGACAGUUUCAUGCUCAAAAUGCCAUCGUGUUAACCAAAGUGAUGCCCGUUUCUGUGACUGGUGUGGAGCCAAGCCUGGACCUCCUCCAUCCUACUUUUCUUGUUUCAAGUGUGGUACAAGCAAUCAUCCGUACGCUCGCUUCUGUGGGUCCUGUGGUGUUUACAUAGAGCCCCCAUCAAGGGUGGGUUCUCCCAACAGCAGUCUCAUGGAUGCUGGGGACUCACUGGGGAUUUCUGAGGUAAGACACACAGUAUUACAAAGCCAGCCUCUUCCUAUUUCCUUGCCCAAAUCAAGGGCCGAACUAAAAGAAAGAGAAGAUAAAGGAACUCAAACCAUUGGACUUUUUUACCCAUCAAGCAAACUGUUGGAAAAGAAGGAGCUUGAGCUGAUUUCACAAAAAGAAAAACUGGAAAAGAUGAGUGAUCAUAAGCCUCUCCUGACAGCUAUUAGUCCUGGAAAAGGUUACUGGAGAAAACAGCUGGAUCACGUCUGUGCUCACCUUAGAAGCUAUGCUCAGAACAAUCUUGACUUCAGAGCACUGAUUGGAGAACCUCGAAUGGGAAAGAUUAAUUCUGCUACCAUCUGUGAGGAUGACUAUGAAGUCACUAUUACACUGAAUUAUGCUCUUGCUAUUAACAAGAACAUUCAUACUAAUAAGCCAGUGAAGUUCAGCAAUCAUUACCUGAGUGCUGCAACAGAAGUCAGAGAUGGACAGGACGGCUGUCAGACUAGUCUGGGCAAAGACGAUCAUAAUCUUUUCCAUUCAAGAGACAAAAUAGAGAGAACAAAGUCAAGAACACUUAUAGAAAAGGAAGAUAAUCUCCCCCCAGAGUCCAGACAGCUACUGGACGAACUGGGUCCAAAUGGGAAAGGAAGAAUCCCCUUGGUAGAACAAUUACUUAGUGAAGGAGCUGACCCAAACUGCACCAGCGAUGAGGACCAACCUGCACUCACCUUUGCUGUCCUUAACAAGCAUGCCGAAGCCAUCUCCCUUCUGGUGCAGAAAGGUGCCGACAUCAACCAGCAGUCAGGACCAUAAGCAAACACUCAUUCUGGUCUUUGGAAGUGUUCCCAAAAAAAGCACUUGUACU